AGAUGGCAGGAGAUGCCUGGUUGAACGAGCAUGAUGCGGGAGCACGACUGGCCCAGGACAUUAUGGAAAAGAUCAAUGAAAGGAACAAGCAAAAUAAAAACAGCACAAGUUACAGUAAACUUAAUGCCCAGAUACGAUCUUCUAUGAAACAGUUCUCGUCUAAGCUAAACAAACUGCGGGAUGAUUUAAUGAAGCUCUCAACAUCUUACCACAUCACUCAGAGAGAAGUAGACAGGAGACAGAUUAUGAUGGAUAACCUGAAAACCAAGGAGAAGCAGAUGGAGGCAGCAUUCAGGCAUGAUAACAGCGAUACCAGGUACUCCCUGCUGGGUACAGGGACCUCACAAUCUGGAUACAAUGCCUGGGGCAUAGGGCAGGAAGAGCCGGAGGAAUACAGGGGUGUCACCAGUCAGGACAUAAGACAACAACAACAGUCCAUCAUCAGGGAACAAGACCAGGGCUUGGAUGUGUUAUCAAAUGCGAUCGCCAGACAGAAACAGAUGGCAUUAGAUAUAGGAGAUGAAGUGGAUGCUCAGAAUGAUUUACUAGACGAUAUUAUCGACCACACGGACCAGACCGGUGAACGUCUGCUCAAAGAGACUCGACACAUAGCCAUCGUGGACAGGAAGUCAAACACAUGCUGUUAUUGGGUGAUCAUUAUCCUUCUAUUUAUCGCCAUUGUGGUUAUCGCCGCUGUGCCUUUUCAUGGGAAAGCCUAACGCUUCUUCAGGGAAGCUGUUAAACUGACUGGAGUCCUAAUCACGUUUGUCCCAACUGUUUCCAGAAUGAUGUCCGAUGUUCCCAUGUAACAGCUCUUACAGUCUGAUGCUCAGCACAAACCUCAACAUUCAUGUACAUAUACUCUUUUGACAAAACCAGGAUUUGCUGUACUGUGUUGGUUUCAUUGGAUAUUCUGCAUUACCAGUACAGAUGGCAAAUGAAGCCAUUAAAUUGUAUCUCGGCCAGGUACUGACACUAUAAAAUCUCAACUGUUAGGCAUGGUAGUCUUCAGGUGUCAGAGGUGCAUCCGCACACCGUAGAACACCUAGGUUUGCAAUCAAUGUACUGUAAGAUUGGUCAUGAUAUGUACAUACACAUAUUUAUAUAGCUGUAUUAAUUAUGUAUUUGAUUGCAUUGUAUGUGUAAGAACUGUAUAUG